AUGUCUAGACACUCUAUUUUAGUUAUCAGUUUGUUGAUACUGGUCUGCAAUGUACAAUACUCUUACUCUCAAUACACAAAUGAUACAUGCGCACAAUAUACAGCAACACAUGGUAUUAUAACAGUUGAAGCAAGUUCCACUCAAUUCUGUUGGAGAGUUGUACCAAAUAUGGGUGCAGCCUAUUUGGCCAAGGAUGUUAAUAUCACAGUACUAUACGUUCGUAACCUAGAGUUGAACAACAACUCUUUGGUUAUUGUCGCUGGUGGUUUGACAUCGGACAAGGCCGUCGCCACCUACACCAAAGACACCAAUCAAUCACAACCUACAGUGAUCAGUACUGUUGGUCAGGUACUCAUUUACUCUUAUUAUCAAGAUGCACAGAUAGAGUUCUCUAUUGAGUUUGGUAGUAGUUCAAAUGACAAGGUUCUAAAGACAUCAAUUAUCAUGCUGAUAAGUGUAGCGUUUGCCAUGUUCAUUCCAUGUGCACUGGUAUCAUGUAUCUCAUGUUGUACAAAGGAUAAGAAGAAGAAAAAGUCAAGACAAACAUGUAUGUUUUGGAUCAGUGCUGUACUUGGUUUGGCUGCACUAGUUGUAGUACUAUCGCGUAAAGUAAUCAAC